CAAGAUUAAAGGACACGAUUAUCAGUCACUGGAAAAGAGCGACCACAGAAAAGAAUAGCCACAGACCAGACGUGCAUGCGUCAAGAUAUGAUGAGUCAGAAGACCAGAGGAUUAAAAUUCAAGUCCUGAUCUGAGGGCUGAGGAGUCCAGCAUCCAGACUCUCUCAUCUGAUUUUUAACAACUUAACAGCCCUCCUCAGGGUCACCCUACAUCACACCUGCUCCCCUGGGAUCUACUUCCUGUGUUGACCAUGCCUGGAUGGAGUUGCCUGGUGACAGGAGCAGGAGGGUUUCUGGGUCAGAGUAUCAUCCGGAUGUUGGUGCAGGAGAAAGAGCUGCAGGAGGUCAGAGCUCUGGACAAAGUCUUCAAACCAGACACCAAGGAGGAAUUCUCUAAGCUGCAGACAAAGGCCAAGGUGACAGUGUUGGAAGGAGACAUUCUUGAUGCCCAGUGCCUGAGGAGAGCCUGCCAGGACACCUCUGUUGUCAUCCAUACUGCUGCUGUCAUUGAUGUCACAGGUGUCAUUCCCAGACAGACCAUCCUAGAUGUUAAUCUGAAAGGCACCCAGAACCUACUGGAAGCCUGUGUCCAAGCCAGUGUGCCAGCUUUCAUCUUCUGCAGCUCAAUUGAUGUUGCAGGGCCCAACUCCUACAAGGAGAUCAUCAUGAAUGGCAGUGAGGAAGAGGAUCAUGAAAGCAUAUGGCCUGAUCCAUACCCAUACAGCAAAAGGAUGGCUGAGAAGGCAGUGCUGGCAGCCAAUGGGAGCAUCCUGAAAAACGGUGGCAGGUUGCAUACUUGUGCCUUAAGGCCCAUGUAUAUUUAUGGGGAGAGAAGUCCAUUCCUUGCUAACAUAAUAAUUAGCUCCCUCAAAAAUAAGGGUAUUCUGAAUGUUACUGGCAAAUUCUCCAUAGUCAACCCAGUGCAUGUGGGCAAUGUAGCCUGGGCGCACAUUCUAGCUGCCAGGGCCCUUCGAGACCCCAAGAAGUCACCAAAUAUCCAAGGAAAGUUCUACUACAUCUCAGAUGACACCCCUCACCAAAGCUAUGAUGAUUUAAAUUACACCCUUAGUAAGGAGUGGGGUUUCCACCUUGAUUCCAGUUGGAGCCUUCCUCUGCCCCUGCUCUACUGGCUUGCCUUCCUGCUGGAAACUGUGAGCUUCCUGCUGAGUCCAGUCUACAGGUAUCGACCUCUCUUUAACAGGCACUUGGUCACACUGACAAAUAGCAAGUUCACUUUCUCCUACAAGAAAGCUCAGAGAGAUCUGGGCUAUGAGCCACUUGUCAGCUGGGAGGAAGCCAAGCAGAAAACCUCAGAGUGGAUUGGGACACUGGUGAAGCAGCACAGGGAGACACUGGACCCAAAGUCUCAGUGAUUAGAAGAAGGUGGGGACAUGGCCUGGGUUUUAUCAUGUCCUCUAGCAAGAACAGAGGCACAAGCCAGGUCCUGCUGUCUUCUUUUGACACAGAGAUCAACUUGGUGUCUUCCUCAAACCACCAGAAGCCUUACCAGUCACUGACCCACCCACAAGCUUUCUUCCUUAACACCCUGCCCAGACACCCAGAAGUACCUGUGCCUCGGCUGCUGUGACCAAAGGCUUCAGCAAUUACUAUUUCCUGUCACUUAGAACUUAGUAUUGGUUUUUCUUUUCCCUUUCAAGUCCUAAGUCACAUCCUGCCUUUGGUAAAAUCCCAUUGUUUUACGAAGCAAAACAGAAACAGCAAUAAAUAUUGUAAUGCCUUA